AUGGCUUAUAGGGCAAAGGCCAUUGCUUCAGACCAUGUAGAUGGGUCUUUCAAAGAGCAAUAUAAAAGGAUAUAUGAUUAUGCGAACGAGCUCCUAACUCGUAAUCCUGGAUCCACAGUGAAGGUGCAAGUGGAAGAUAAUGCCUGCAAGGACAGUUUUGUGUCCUGCAGGCCAAUUAUAGGGUUGGAUGGUGCUUUUUUAAAAGGUAAAUAUAGUGGGAAAUUGCUAACUGUUGUUGGAAGAGACGCAAAUGACCAGAUGCUACCUCUAGCAUAUGCCAUUGUGGAAGUAGAGAACAAGGACACGUGGAAAUGGUUUCUGGAACUUCUGGUUGAAGACGUUGGUGGGGAGCCAGGCUUAAUGCAAGUUAUUCAAGAAGUGGUCCCUGGAGUUGAUCAACGCUUUUGUGUUAGGCACCUUUACGCAAAUUUCAGGAAAAAAUUCCUUGGAAAGCAGCUAAAGCGGUUGAUGUGGAAGGCAGCUACAACAACCCAUCCACAAGCUUGGGAAACCGAAAUGAUAAAAUUAAAGGAAGUCAUCAUUGAGGCUUUCAAAUACCUAAUAAAAAUUCCUCCUAUAUACUGGUCACGAUCAAGGUUUACCACCACUUCUAAGUGUGAUACUUUGGUAAACAACAUGUCAGAGGCAUUCAACAGUGUUUUUGUGCAAACAACGUCAAAGCCAAUCAUAACCAUGUUGGAGGAGAUCCGCCUUUACUUGAUGAAUAGAUGGGCAACAAACCGAACAAAAACAUUGAAGCUGUUUGAAGUCUUUCAUGUGUCCCAAGUUGGGGACAAGUUUGUAGUUGAUAUAGACAAAUAUGAAUGCACAUGCAGGAAAUGGGCUAUCUCGGGCAUUCCAUGUUGUCAUGCGUUGGCUGGUAUGAAGUUUCUGAAUUUAGAUGCAGAGGACUUCAUCCCUGUUUGUUUUAGGAAGUCAACAUAUGGAGAAAUGUACUCUUCCAUUGUGUAUCUAAUUAAUAGUGAGAACAUGUGGCAGAUUACCCCAUAUAAUGAUGUGUUCCCUCCAAAAAAGAGAAUAUUGCCAGGGAGGCCGAAGAAGAAAAGAAGGUUUGAUAAGGAUAAAAUAUCAAGUUAUAUNUAUAAUGAUGUGUUCCCUCCAAAAAAGAGAAUAUUGCCAGGGAGGCCGAAGAAGAAAAGAAGGUUGCAGGAAUGGGAGUUAGUCAGGGAUGACACAAGAAUGAGGAAUGAUUGUAUACAUAAAAGAUGUGGCAUUUGUAGGGAGCUGGGUCACAACAGAACUUCUUGCCAGAAAUCAACCCAAGAUCGUGAUGUGAACCCUGACCAAACACAACAAAGCAACCCAGAAAAUGAACCAAACAUACCAUCAUCAAAUGAGCCUGAAGCAUAG